UUUUUAUUCCUAAAGUGUCUUCUGUCUGUGAACCAAAUUUCAUCAAAAUCGGUUCAGUUGUUUUUGAGUUUCUUUUAUAUACAAUUUACCUCUCUUUUAUUUAUUGAUGUAUAAGUUUAUUUAAAUUUAUGCACGUGAUUUGAUCAUAUGAUUUUAUGCAUACAAAUAAUCCCUUACGGGGUAGACAGAGGCAACAGUAAGACUGAAAGCCCACGUUCAGCUGUACGGCUUAAUGAUUAUACUAUACAUAUGUGUUACCAAAUUUGAUGUCAAUAUAUUCCCAUUAUAAAAAAUAUUUGAUCUUGAAAAGGAAUAGGCGAAUGUGAUUGUUUUCAUAUUAUGUGAUAUUACCGAAUAGCUUUUUUGUGUUUAUGAGCACAAAGAAGUCAUGUAACACAUAGUAUUAUAACAAUAUCAAGGUCACAUGACAAGGGCAAACGGCAUUAUUUUCGCUGCAUUAAAAUUCAAAGAUAUACACAGGUACCUAUAUACAUAUAGUCUCGUCUAUAUCCCUUGCGGGGUAGACAGAGCCAACAGACUCGAAAAGACUGAAAGGCCACGUUCAAAUGUAUGGCUUUAUGAUAGACUUGAGACUUAAAUAGUUACAUAUAUAUAUCUCUUAGUCGCCUUUUACGAAAUCCAAGGGAAAGAUACGGUUCUAUUCUAAAAUGCCGGAAAUCACACGGCAACCACCCUUUUUAUGCGAAUCCGCUUCUAUUAUUAUGGCAUAAAUUUCUUUACAAGGUAAGUAACUUGAUAUGAAGUUGAUUGAAGGUACCUAAUAAGCUCACACCUCAUCACUAACACCAACUUUCGUGUCUUCAAAGUUCUAUCUACAAGUAAUCCUGAUUUCACGAUAUUUAAUUUAAAAAGAUUAACUUUUCCUCUGCGUGUUCCCGUUGCACCCUCCACAGUCAUAAAAGGUAACUUAAGUCUGUAUUCUUAAAAUUAUUUACCAAUCUAUUGAAUGUUAGUCGAAUAUAUUAAUCAAUGAAAUUUAAAUUUGUAAUAUGAACACGACUAUGUUUACUUUUUGUUAAUGUUUUAAAUUUUCAUGGACAUUCAUGAUUAUUAUGGACCUACAUUUAAUUUAAAACACGUUCAAAGACACAAUAUAAAUUAUCGAUUGAUAUACAUUAUCAAAUAGCAAAAACUGCAGACAUUUUUUAUUAGAUGUUUACAAAAACACGCCAGUACAAUUCUAUCAUUAAGCCAAACAGCAGAACGUGGCCUUUCAGUCUUUUCAAGACUGUUGACUCUGACUACCCCAUAAGGGAUAUAGACGUAAUUAUAUGUAUGUUCAAUUCUACUUAGUCAAUUCCCAAUUCAAUUGCGAACAAUAGCCUAAUCAGCAAUCACUCAUAAUUGCAAAGUUCCUAUAGGAAAAGCAGAAGUACUUUGACAGGAAAUGUAGCAUUUCUUUCGGCGUCUAUUAUUAUGUUAUACGUAUAACAACGCUAGAUAACUACAUACAAAAAACCCUGGAACUCAGUUCUGUCUGUUCGUAUAAAAGACGACAAUGCCGUGAGACAAAAUCAUUGAGCCUAUACGUAUACUCUUGAGCGGUUAUCGCGUUAAAUUUAAAUAUGAGUUUUAUGAAUACAAUAAUUUUACUAUGCACAAUAGCAACAGUGGCAAAGGCAUUAGGAGAAAACAGUAGCGAAUUGGACACGACGCGGCGGAGUGGGGGUUAUGGGCUACUGAGGCCCGGUUACCCAUCCGGUUAUCAGGGGGGUUAUAACCAGGGCGGCUAUGGCGGUUAUGGGGGAGGUUACGGAGGCGGACUCGGCGGUUACCCGGGUAGCAUAGGCUAUCCGGGCGGCGGCGGCUAUCAGGGUGGUGUGGGGGGAGGUUACCAAGGUGGAAACCCAGGCUUCGGGGGACCAGGUUAUCCUAACUACGGAGGUUACAGACCGAACUACUACAGGCCAGGCUUCGACGGCCGGCCCGGAUAUCCGGGAGGUUACCCGGGUGCCGCCGGUGGGUUCCCGGGGGCUGGAGGAUUCCCUGGCAACAAUUACCCGGGCGCAUACCCCGGUUACCGACCCGGGUAUAACCAGUUCCGACCCGGAUAUAACCAAUACCAGGGCGGUAACUAUUUCGGUGGUUAUAAUGACGGUUACAAUGACAAUUUUAGGCUUUUAGGAAGAAAAGUCGGUGACAAAAGCGCUUCCACUGAGAAGGACGUGCAAUAGUUAAAUUAAUAUACCAGAGAUAUGAUGUACCUGCACAGUUUUAUUACAUUUUAAUUUAAUAACUUA